CUUGUGCAUAACAAGAAAAAAAGAUUUUAUAUUUUAAAUGGUUAGGAAAAAUAGGCCCAUGAAAGGUAAAAAAACCAGGAAGAAGUGAAUAUUAUAAUGAAAAAUACAUAAUAUGAACCAACACACAUACAUUAUAUAUAAUUUGAAGUAAUUGAAUAUCGGUGCCGAUACUGAUAUUUGAUUACUACCGAUACAAACACAUACCGAUAGUUUUGCUUUUAAUUCCUUGUGUCAAAGUAUGACCCGAUUCAAAAUAUUCACCCAGUAUGAGUUUUGAUGUGUUUUUCUGCUUCUUUUGAUUGACAGGAUGUAAUCCGUCCUGAUUAUCGGCUGUUUUUAAACAAUCGACCGAAUCAAAACGUUUAUCUCCCAAUACUGAUUAUAGGCCAAUAUUCCGGAUUUAAACUUUAAUGUUUCUCAAUUAAUAAUUUGUUGAUGAGCCUUUUUGUUUUCAAAUAACUCAUUUAUUGUUCUUGUAGCCAGCUGUUAUACUUCAGAAUCAGUUUUUGCCCGAUAAGGUGUGUAAUGUCUUAUCUAUAUGUCUUGAGCAUCUCUUGGGAAAUUAUCAACUGUCUACAUUGCCCAUCUGCAGAAGCCUUAUCAGCGUGAGGUGAGGUUCCCAGUGACGCUACACCCACUGGCCAGCGAGUGUGGGAAAGCUAAUCCUGACUGGGACUCAUGGCUUUGUAAUGCUAAUGAGCUCCUAUAAAUAGAGGAGUGGGACCUUCAUUCUCAACACAACUGACUUGAUUCUUCUCUGAGAAACAUCACUGCUGUUGAAAGAAUGGCUCCAACUUACACUACUGACUACUCCAAUCUUUCCAACAAGGAUAAACAUAAAUUAAGAAAACCUGUCGUUGAGAAAAUGCGCAGAGAUCGCAUCAACAACUGCAUCGAGCAGCUCAAAACAAUGCUGGAGAAGGAGUUUCACCAGCAAGACCCAAACACCAAGCUGGAGAAAGCUGAUAUUCUGGAGAUGACUGUGGUCUUUCUGAAACAACAGAUGCAGACCAAGACCUCAGCUCCACAGAAAGCUCACAUUGACGGCUAUUCCCAGUGCUGGAGAGAGACCAUGAACUAUCUGUCUGUCAACUCCAAGGUGGACGCCGUCCGUCAACAUCUGAACCGCUGCCAUGAAGCCCAGAGAUCAGCUAAAGAUCUCAAUCUGCUGUCUCCAGUCUCCUAUCAGCCCAAAGUGAAGCAGGAACCAUGUGCUCACAAACCUGUCUGGAGACCUUGGUAGACACCAAGCUGAAAGACUUUCACAUUGAAACUAGAUGGUGGUUAACCAUCUCUUAUGUUGUAGGAGAUAACAUUUCCAUUUAUAUGUUUAUUUCAAACAUGUAUUCAAUUACUUCAUAUUGAAGUUUUAAAUUGAUGUAUUUCUAAUAAGAUUAUCUUUGCAAAUGCAAUGUGAUUUGCAAGACACCUGCCGUCAGGUGUUUUUCCAAUGCUGACGUUUCACUUGGAAACUGUGAUUUUGCUCAGAAUCUGAGUUUUGUGUAUAAUCCUAGCGGAUGUCUGAUUUGAUUUUGCCUUUUGUGAAGGCUACAAAAACAAUAUUUGUUCUUGUGAUGGCACUGCUGUGCACUGAAACAUAUCAUGGGCACUGUGUGUCUAACAUUGCAUUUAAUAAAAGCAAUUAAUUACUAAAACA